UCUUGUUGCUUAUGCACAAAGAUGAGAACGGAAGCAGGAUAUUUCUUCUCUCCCCACUUCUGCUUUUUCAUCUCUGAAAAGGUUUCUUGAUCAUGUACAGUGCGCAAUGCGUGUUAGUGAGUGCGUAUUGUCAGAAUGUUUUAUUGUUUUUUUCUGAACAUAAAUUUUCAUCCUUUUUUUUAACAAAUGGAAUAUGUUUUGGGUUGAUUAAACAAUGAAGGAAAGCUGGGUUAUUUUGGUGGUCAUUUCAGGUGUACUGGGUGGAGACUGGGGAGUGACAUUCAAGGAUCAAUGUGCUUUGGAAGGGACGACGGUAGUUGUGAGUUGCCAGUAUGACUACCCUUUUCCUCACUUUGUCACGUCAGUUCGCUGGGUUCCAGGUCAAUGGCAGUUUGGCAGGUGGGUCUGGGACAUAUCCACUUCCGUCCCACCCCACUUUGAAUAUGUGGGCAACUACCGGGGAGACUGCAGUUUGAAGAUCAAUAACAUAAAACAUACCGAUGAAGGACACUACCUCUUUCGUUUUGUGACGUCGCUGAGCCGUUGGAUGAGCAAAAAUGCACUUCAUUUGUCAGUAAAAGACCUGACUGCUGUUGUGGAGCCAAACACAGUGACAGAAGGCCAAUCUGUCAGCCUGACGUGCAGGAGCGAGUGUGGUACACCGAAGCAUGUUUGGUACCGAGAUGGGAAUGUGGUACCACAGCCGGUCUUCCAGGCCAGCAGAAAAGAUUCUGGGAAGUACUACUGUGCUGUCGCCGGGCAAGAGAAGAUCAAAUCGGCCUCUGUGGCUCUAAAUGUUCAAUAUGCUCCAAGCAACGUUGUGUUGUCAAUGACACCACCGGCAGACAUCAUUAAUGGAAGCUCUGUGACUCUCAGCUGCAGAGGUGAUGCCAACCCACCCGUUCCACCAAGUGGCUUCAGCCUGUAUCAGGGCAAGCAAUUGAUAAGUUCCGGACCAAGUCACACCAUCUCUCUUCUUCAGCCCAGCCACAGUGGACUGUAUCACUGUCAGGCCUCAAACAAUGUCAGCGUGAGGGGCAUCACAUUUGUGAAAUCGACUGAGCUCAAUCUGGAUGUGCAGUAUCUGCCAAGUGUUGCUGAUGGCAAUAGUGUCAAUGUGAUGUGCAGCGGCAGAGCCAACUCUGCCAACCACAGCUAUGUGUGGUACAAGUGGACCAGCUCCAGCUCCCUGCUCCAAGUGGGCUCGGGACAACUUCUGUUCCUUUCCUCCAUGGAAACGCCCCACACUGGAAUCUACCUCUGCCAGGCCUCGAGCCAACUUGAAGUCAUCAACUCGACGAAAAUCCUUCUUGCAAUGGAGGAACAGCCUUCUUAUGGUCACCUGUCUGUCCCAAUACUUGGUGGACUUGGAGCCUGUAUUUUUGCAAUACUUUUUGUAGCUCUUCUUUUCCUCUGGAAGAAACAGAGGAAGACAGAGAAAAAGUGUUUGACGGCGGGACCCCGUCGCCGACUUUGUUAGUUUUGGAGACCCAUCGACGACAACUUGACAGCAUAAUGGCUGCAAUUUUGGUCCCAGCACGAGCCUGGUUGGUUGUGAAAUGCCACACCUGUGACUGACCGUCCCAGACUGUUCAUAAUUUAUAGACAGACUUUUGUAUUCUCAAUAUUACAUGGCUGCUUUUUGCAGAUGUUGUGGUACUGUUGGCUUCUUCAAGCCAUGAUCUUCAACUCUUAUUGGAGCGGUUCGCAGCCAAAGUGGUUGGGAUGAAAAUUAGCACCUCCACCGAGGAUGAGAUGCCCUUCCAAGUGGAGGGGUUCAAGUAUCUUGGGGUCUUGUUCACAAGUGAAGGGAGGAUGGAGCGUGAGAUCGACAGUGCAGCAUCUGCAAUAAUGCAUACUCUGUGUCUGUCUGUCGUGGAGAAAAGGGAGCUGAGCCAGAAGGGACAGUUUCUUUGCAUACUGGAUUUUUUUUUUAACUGUGGUUGGAUUUUCUGAAAAAUAAUGAUAAAUAUAUUUUAGAAUAUCAAAUAAAAUGCUUGAGGGACUUAACUGGGCUGACACACAUUUCUGAUGAUGCCAUGCAGAACCUCGCCCGAUGUGGUGCCAUCCCAGUUGGUUCUUUGAAAUAUUCCAAGGACAUAAAUACUAUAUACAGUAGUUUUGUUUUCAUUUCUUGCACAACAACUAACCACUCAUUAAUAAUGAUUAUUGACCAUUCAGGUGCAGUUUCCUUCCGAACAAGUCAGCUCUGCCUCCACUGAAGAUCAGUCCAACAGUGUUUAUGCCAACGUUGGCAAAUAUAUGCCAUCCCCUCAAGUUCCACCACGAAAUUACUC